CAAGCCAACUGCGAGGAUUGCGGGAAUCAGUAAUGAACGUUCGCGCAUCCAAGCCGGAUCGUUUAAUGGAAAUUCACUGCAGUGCGGUUCGUGUGCCGGGUUGAUGCAAACUACUAUUAAAUUAAGUUCUAAUUGUAGCAGAGAAGUGAAACAAACGAAAUAAAACGAAAAAUAGUAUUCGUAAAAUAGUGAUUCAAAUGUCUGCCAAGGAUUAGAGAGUUUUGAUAGGAUUUCAUUCGGUGCAAAAGGACAUUACGCGAUCCUCGUCAGGGAGACGUAUACUACUCUGCAGGAUCUCCCAAAUCAAUAUAUAUGUAUACAGACAAACAUAUAUAUAAACACAAAGUGCAUUCCGAGGAAUUCUUCGAGCUGGGUCGUUACAGCCAGGUGGCAGAGGGGAAUUUGAGAGGAACGAAUUGAGCGAGAAUCCGAGUUUGCCCGAGAUGGAGAGAGCGUCGUGUUUUUUUUACUUCAACGGUAGCUUCUUUCGUAUUUUUGCGAGUGUUACACGUAUGGCAUGAUAAUAAAAAUGACUACAGAAAUAUAUUUCGAUGACUUUGUAAGAUAAACCGCCUGUACGUAAAAAUCGGAAAGUAUUGUGAGAAUUCGUGCUAUAAUUGACAAUCGAACAAACGAGUGCGUGUGCUAAUCACCUUGAUGCCUUCGCGUUGUUUUUUAUCGACCCUCGUGAAAGGGCGUGAAUAAAAAGUGUCUAUAUUGAUCGUAUGUUACGAUGAGUAAAAGAGCGUUUUAAAUAUGACUUUAUGACGUUGCUGUAUUUUUGUUUUUGUUUCUUUUUUAUGUCGUCUCAAUUGUUUGAUCGGUCGGACGAGCAGGCGAAACGGAAGUAAAGAAAUCGAAGGGGUGUUUGUCACUUGUCGCGCGAGAGGGGAGCGAAUUCGUGGGUGUUUGUGUAUAUGAGCGUAGGAAUUGUUGAUUCAGGAUGUUCCCAAGCGUAAUGACAAAUUAUCGUGAUAUUGAGCCAUUUUUCUCAAUCGGCGCAGCGUUCCCGUACGGAUCGCCCACGACGUAACUGUUUCGUGUUUUCAUUCGCGACUAGGGGGCAAAAAGAGGAAGAGGAAGUUUCUCGGCGGGACUGAGAAAUACCAAUAAUAAAAUAAAUAAAGAUAAAACGUCGAAGCGCACUUUGAAUUGCGGCAAAAACGAAAGCGGAAGUCCGGCCAUUUUGUUUCCUCGUUUUAUAACGUCAAUCAUCUCUUUUAGCGGAUAAUAACUGGAAUUAGCGAUAAUAUUGAGACAAACUAUCGAACGAAAUGACGGAUUUGUUAAUCGGAAUAACGGGCAACGGGUUCCCGUGCCCCGGACCGAGCGGCAUUACCGUUAAAAACGGUGACGUCGUUUAUCGACAAAAGAAAAACAACAACAAUGGGAACAAUUGCAACGUAGCGGUUUAUCGCAAUUCGGAGAUGCGACAUUCUCGAAGCGAGGACGUCCUCGGACCGGGGACUAGAUCUCCGAGCCCUUUAUUGACUACUGCCUCCGAGGACGAUCUCAUUGCUGCUAGCGCCUUAAGGGACUGCGACAGUUCGCCACCCUGCUCCUCUCUGACCUUGCCACCAAGGACACCCCUUCCUCUUGCUGAUAGAAUCGAUCCUGAGGAUUCCAUUCGCGAUAUCGUCACGGAAAACGAUCUUUACAGGUUCGUACUGUUCAAGCGACAUUACGACAAGUACGUGGCCCUGGCAGCGAGAUACGAGGAGGCCAGAGGACUGGCCUAUUACUUGGAGGAACGUUAUCACGAAGUCAAGGCCGAACGAGAUAAACUCGAAGAGACGAGGCUCGCACUGGAGAAACGACUGGAAAACAGCGAGACCGAACUCCGGGAAAAAGAAGAAGAAUUGUUCGUGCAGUUGGAACGGAGUUUGCGACUGGAGGACGAGGCCGAGAGAACGAGGGCGGAUCGUGACGCUUGUGUCGCCGCUCGGGAUCGUCUUGAACGGGAGCAGACCUCGGCGUUGCGUCAGUUACAGUUGCAGGCGACCCAGAACGAGAUGACGAGACGAACCCUCGAACGCGCCAGACAGGAUGUCGUACGACAAGCCACUCUCAUACGUGCCGAACGCGAUGCUCUCGAAAGAGAGAACGUUGUGCUGAAAGAAAAACUUCGGAUCGGUGAAGGGGAACUCGGAGAAGAACGUCGUCGGCGCGAGGAAGGCGAAGCUGCUCUGACCCACGAAACAGUCACUUUGAGGCACGCUGCUCGUCAUUUACGAGCUGCCGCGGUACACGCAACCUCCUGUCGUCGACGAAGAAGAUGUUCCGUUUGUUUAUACGCCAAACGAACGUUCGCCGAGGUCGACGACUUCCGAGACGAUGGAAAAUUAUUCAAAUGCCUUCAAGCACCGCUGCAAGAUUUACGCACUUGGUUACGCCCGAGCACACCAACGUCAUAUCCGGCAUUGAGAACGAGCUCGCCACUCGAUCGCGGCAUAAGUUACAUCGACGAUUCGAGCAGCAGUUCUGAGGACGAAGAAUUCCCGAGCACACCCGUCGCCGAGGCCUCUCUUUCCUCAGCCAAUUCGGCGCCUCCCGCUGCGCGAGCAUUUUCCUCGGAUUCUGGCUUCUCGUCGGAGGUCGGUGACCGAAGAUCACGUUCUUACGAAGCCGGUGGUAGCAGUCGAAAAAUAAGCGAGUCCUCGAGCAGCGAAAACGACGCUCAUCGUAACACGAGUGGUGGACCAUUUACGCGUUCGCGAUGGACUUCUUCGUUUCGCAAGCUUUUAAGCCGAAAAUCCAAAGCAAAGAAUCUCACUGCCGUCGAGAGAUCAUCUUCGUGAAUUGGAAUCGUUUUUCCACAUGCAACGUCAAUAAGUUAUCCGGCAAUUGCGAAUGAGGUUUUAUACAAAAAAUAUUCUACCCUCGUCGCCGUUGUUGGACGAAAAGUUUUUUUUCAACGAUCUUUCGUGCUGUGAUUCCAAAAGUUGACGUUAUGGAUCUUGUGUCAAGAAUUAUUUGGCACGGAUUCAGGGUCCAAAAACUCGAUUUUGGGGUUACCAACCGAAAGGAGGUUCGGAGAAAAAUACUCACAAAAUAAGACACGACGAUGGAACGUUACUCAAGUCCGAACUUUUAUCGUUUACUAUAUAUUUUUAUUUAUUAUUCUAUCAGAGUAAUGUCGGAAGUUGAGAACGUUAAAAAUUGUGCGAACGAUACAAACCAACAAUGUUGAUUGCUACACUCGCAAUCCGGUGGCUCUCCAAUCCCGUGGUAUGCGAUAAAUAUUGCUUAUGAAGAAUAAGAAAACAAAAAAUUUGGCUCAAAUACGAGAAUCGCCCAAUUUUACUUACCAUUUCGAAUUGCCGUUUUAUACAACAGGGUACUCUCCUGAUACGAUGCUCUUCUCACUGUUAAUUAUUUAAUUACAUUAUUAAUUUUAUUAUAAUAAUAUCUAUUAUUUUUAUGUCGGGGUUCUUCGUAGGUGUCGUAUAAAUUGUGCUUGAAAAAAGAAAAUCUAACAGUUCCUCAGCUCUGCAGUAGAAUUGAGUCGUAAUUUUACUGAUAAGAAUAUUCGUUUCUUUUCCUCUAUUCGUAACGCUUGUCGAACGCGCGAAUAAUUUACAGCACUUCAACCCUUCAGACCUCUUCGAUUUUAAUGAAAAAGCUUCGAAAUUCUCCAUUUUCUUAUAAGAUCCGAAUUCUUCCUAUAAAAACGUGAUCCAAAUUUACUGCCAACAUUUAAGAAUAACAAAAUCAUCGUUUUAAUAAAAAAAAAAAUUGUACAUACGAAAAUCGUAUAUCGAAAUCCGGAACGAUUUAUAGUGUUUUCAAAUAGUAACGAGAUAAAUGUUAAAAAUGUCCGAAUUAUCUUGCACACACACCCACACACACACACACACACAAUUUUCAUUUUUUCCCAAAAUACAAGACUGUUUUUUUGUCUAGACACGUAGUGAUUAUUGCAGUGUACUUAAAUAUAGUAUUAUCGUAUUGUUAAAUGUAGCACACGUGGAAAAAAAACACUAUUUCGAAAUUUGUCAACGGAUUUAAGAGCACUUUUCGGGAGGUGCUCCAUCUUAUUUGCAUUUAAGUUGAAAAUUAAGCAUUUUUUCGUUAUUGCGCCACUAAAAACCACGAAAAUCUGGUUCUUGAUGAUUUUUCAUAUUUAUUUUAAGAUGGUGCCUUAGUGUCGUUACACGAAAAAGGAAAAAAAAUGAACAACUCUGUAAUUAAAUACAUGCUUCGUCCGACAUUCCAAAUGACUUUAUCCUUCGAUCGUUUGUUCGGUAUACCUUUUGAACGAAAAUUGACGUAAAAACAAAUGAUUACAGAGAAUCCUAAUAACGAAAAAUUAAUAUAUAUAAUAUGACUAAAUGAAUUGAAAAAUAUAUGAAUAUAAAUUAUAUAUAUAUAUACACUAGGGUGUGUCGAAAAAAAUCGAUAUUUUUUUUCGCACUCCACAAGCAUUUUUCUUAUUAUGCCAAACGAUGAAGCUAGCCGAAAGGACAGCCCAAAAUAAAAUUACUUCAAUUUUCCAUAAGAAUAACACGUGAAAAAAAAAACUUCGGUGAACAUUGUUCCAUAUCAUCUGUAAAAAAAAUUGCACAGAUAUUCUACUGACGUAUUUUUGUAGAGAAUUGAAUUCCCUACAAAAUCAACCGUUCAACGGUUACAGCAGAUUGAAGUUUCUAACGUCACCUAGCCAGAUUUCGCAUGUAUCAUUUCCUAUUUUCGAGGUCGCUCCUUUUAAUGGUGCUGUUUAAAUUGGGCUCAAGCCUGUUAUUUCGGGUUGUCCUUUCGGCUAGCUUCAUCGUUUGGCAUAAUAAGAAGAAAAAUGCUUGUGGAGCCCGAAAAAAAAAUAUCGAUUUUUUUCGAAACACCCUAAUAUACACAAUUGUGCUCGUAUGUUCCAACAUAAAUUGGAAUAAUUAACGACUUUUCAUUUCCGAGAACACGGAAUUGUAAAAUUUGAAAAAAGAAAAUGCGUUUCGUUUAUAAAGAACCGAAAUUUUGAAGCGAGUGAUUUGAUCUACGAUUCGGUUGAAUCACAUUUCGAAUAUCCAUGACGAAGAAACUUUGCAAUAGGCGAGGAUUAGAUAAGAAUAAGCAGAUUAAAACUUCAGACAUUUCCUGAAUUGAAUAAACGAAAUUUAUUUCGCACCUCGAUCACCUCGAUUAAGGUCGUCAAAAUAAAGUAUAGAAAAGACUCCAAUAAAUCGAAAAGCCACACUAACUGAAAACCAAUUAAUUCAAAUGAAAAAUAGUCGAAUAGAACAAUUUUAGAGAAGCGUCAAUUAAUUAAAUUAGAAGUAAUAAAACAAACAGAUGACGAUAAAAACCAAUAGAAAAUUCAAAAAUUUCGAUAAUAUCCUAGAUUCGAAUUAAUAAUUAGGCGAAAGAAUUUGGUGCCACGACACUCAAUCGUUGAAUACAGUAAUAUGAGAACAAAAAGCAAAAUAAAUUAGAAGAUUUAAAAUGGAGUAACAAUCGUGCCAACUUUGUCGAAUUGAAUAAUGUUCUCUUCUCUCUCAAUAUUAUAUAUUCGUCAACAAUAUAUAUAUAUAUAUAUAUCAGUCUCCGAAUACAAUUCGAGACCUAACUGCGGAGUUCGUUUUUCUAAAUUAUUACAUUGAAAUUUUUCAAAUGAUUGGGAAUUGAUAAUAAAAAGAUGAGAGAAUAUGAUCGACUGUUUGAAAAUGGAUAAAGAAAUUAUUCACCGAGAAGCUCGUUCGUAAAGUCUCUGUCGAUCCUCUCACGAAGAUCAUCCAGAAGACAACGCGAACUUGAGCGUUCUGGACGAUCGCGAAGUUGUCGUUUUCGAUUUUUUUAUUGACGCCGCUCUGCCCCGCGGCUCAAUGACUGUUGUAAUUGUUACUGUUAUGAAGAAAAGACAAAAGAGAAGAAAACGUCGAAUAUUUGUGAGCGUAAAGUAAGAGACGUUGUUGUGUAUAUUGUAUGUGCAAAAAAUGUAUACCGAAAAUAGUGGAAAAGUAACGAUGAUGGAGAAGAAGAAAGGCUUGUAACUAUGGCAUUCCGUAUGAGCGUGUAUUGUUGUAAUAAUAAUAAAAAAACGAUCUACAAUU